AUGGCUUCCAAUGGGGUGUCCGCUGAAUUACUCCGUGCCUACAAACUUGAUGGAACAAACUACACGGUUUGGAAAAGGAAAAUCAUGUUCUUGCUUACGGCUGAGAAUAUUGAUUAUGUUUCUGAAACUCCGGCGCCUAACGAGCCAGCAGAGGAUGCUACAGAUGAAGAAAAGCAGGAAUACAAUGAUGAACUGAAGCAAUGGACCAAGGACAACAAGACUGCCAGAGUUUAUAUCCUUGGCUCGAUGACUGAUUCGUUGGCUGCGGAAUAUGAGUCGGAUAGAACAGCUUAUGGAAUAAUGCUCAGGCUGGAACAAGAUUUUGGAGAAGUUUCCCUUGUGAAGGUGCUUAGUCUUGUGAACAAGUUUCUGACAUCGAAGAUGGGUGAUAAAACAGUCAAUGAACACUUCAACAAGCUCUGUGUCUUGGCGGAAGAAUUAAAAACUGCUGGUUAUCCGUUCCAGGAGGAAGUACAAGUCAUGGUUGUUCUGAAUUCUUUGCCACCAUCAUGGGAACAGUUCAAGAUUUCUUUUUGUCAUUCAGAACGCACACUCAAUAUGAGGAACCUGAGGCAACACUUGCUAAUGGAGGAGGAUCGCAGGCUUAACUCAGGGAAAGAUAAAGCUUCUUAUCAGCCAGAGCUUCACCUUGGUGAGUACAAAAACAAUGGGAACCGGAGGAAUUGGAAUAAGAGAGGAGGAGGACCGGACCUAAGGGACAAGAUCAAUUAUAAACGUGACAGGGAUCAAAGGAACUACAGAGAUGAGAGGAGGGACAGGGGGCAGCAUGGAAAUAACAACAACAACAACAACUCUUUUCAGAAGAUUGACAAGAGGAACUACAAGUGCCAUAAUUGUGGUAAUACAGGCCACUUCAGGUCAGAAUGCACCAAGAGGAGGAAGCCGAACAGCGAAAGGGAUAAUUUUCACAAGGAUGACAGCCGCAAGGGGAAUCAAUCCCCUGAAGGAGCUGUCGAGAGGGUUACUCAUCAUAGAAUUAGAAAAGCUAGCUAG